AUGUACGCCGAGGUUGCUAAAGACGGGCAAGUGACCAAGGACACGAUGGAGGACGAACAUCAUGGUCACAGUAAAUCCGAGAGUGGUAAAGACGGCCACAUGACCAAGGACACGCACGAGGACGGGCAUCAUGGUCACCUAUACGCCGUUCCGUGCGACACGAAGGCAAAAAACGACACUACCGCCCCAGUUGUUACUUCCGAGGCUCCGGUCACUGCUCCUGCAAACACGACCGUCGCCGUUGACAAUGCCGAGGCUCCGGUUGCUACACCAGCUGACGCGACCCUUACGCUGGCUUCACAGUGCAACAACAUCGGUGGCGAAGGCGGGCUUCAAAUCUAUACCGGUUUUCAGUUCCUGAAUGUCAAUAUCAUCGUGGCCGUAGUCCUUGACACUGUCCAAGCGUGUUGCAAUGCAUGUGUGAAUACCACACUCUGUGCAACGUUCAACUUCCAGCCACUUCCAAUUACCAACACAAGCAUCUGCAUUCUGACAAGCUCAACGAUUGGUCUGACUGAGGGUGAAUCGACCUGGCAGGCGGGUAGUAUCGUCGCCUUGACUGCUGCUGUUGCUAGCGCUUGA